AUGCUGUCGGGCUGUCGGCAUGUUACGCUUCAUCCGCUCUUACUCGCAUCAUCCCACCGUCACUUUACCGUCCCAAUUAGUAAGUGGACCAUGAGAGGUGUGAAUCACACAGUUGCUGUUGGCCACGGAGAUAAGCUCGUGUUUAUCCGACGACUCUUGUAUCUUCCUUCCGCGAGCCAUUACAACAAUGCACCGGGACUCUGUCUCCUUUCCGUUCCCAGCCCGAUUCGAGGUUUAGGUCCAAGCUGUCUUAAUUACACAGAAAUUCAGCCCUCCCCCUCCUCCAUGUUUUAUCUGCCCCUGGCAGCCAGCCACUGA